CUUAAAAUGAAAGUUUGUGUUUUCAUUUUGAUAAUAGGAUUGGUUCUAUGUAACUAACUGAAUGGAUAGAACAAUCUUAGAUAAGAUUAUUAGUUUGCUCCUUGGAGUUUGGAUUGUACAAAUAGAUGUUAAAGUGCUGGAGGAGUUGUUUGCGGAUAUGAAACAUAAGUUUGUUGCAAAUCAGUAUCAAGAUAAAAGUAUUCUGAUAGGGUAGAUGUUAAAAAGGCUGGAAAUCUGAG